CCCGCGGGCCGGCUGGCCGCCGUGUCCACGCCGCGCGCCGCAGGUGAGUCCGAGCUCUGCCCGCCGCCUCCGCCGCCGCCGCCAUGGACUUCGUCAAGUGCCUGAGCCGCCCCGAGGAGUUCUACAACCUGCUGCGCUUCCAGAUGGGCGGCCGGCGGAAGGUGAUACCCAAGAUGAACCAGGACGCGCUCAGCAGCAGCAUGAAGACAUGCUACAGGUAUCUGGAUCAGACCAGCCGCAGCUUCUCGGCCGUCAUCCAGGCGCUGGACGAGGAGCUGCGCCAUGCUGUCUGCAUAUUCUACCUGGUGCUCCGGGCUCUGGACACAGUGGAGGAUGACAUGACGAUCCCCAUAGACUGGAAGGUCCCCAUGCUGCAGAACUUCCACUCUUACCUGUAUGAGCCGGACUGGUGCUUCCUGGAGAGUCAGGAGAAGGACCGCCAAGUGCUGGAGGACUUCCCUACGAUCUCCCUGGAGUUUAGAAAUCUGGCCGAGCGAUUCCGCACCGUGAUUGCCGAUACCUGCCAGAAAAUGGGCUGUGGGAUGGCGGAGUACUUGGAGAAGAGAGUGACUUCGGAGAGCGAGUGGGACAAGUACUGCCACUACGUUGCUGGCCUGGUGGGCAUUGGCCUUUCCCGUCUGUUCUCGGCCUCUGGGCUUGAAGACCCCAUGUGUGGUGAAGACACGGCACUGUCCAACUCUAUGGGCCUGUUCCUGCAGAAGACCAACAUCAUCCGCGACUUCUUAGAGGACCUCCGGGAGGGCAGAGUGUUCUGGCCUAAGGAGGUGUGGAGCAAGUAUGUCAAGAAGCUGGAAGAUUUCCCCGAGCCCCAGAACCUGGACCUGGCGGUGCAGUGCCUGAACGAGCUGGUCACCAACGCGCUGCAGCAUGUUCCCGACGUCUUCACCUACCUCUCCCGCCUGAGGAACCAGAGCGUGUUCAACUUCUGCGCCAUCCCACAGGUCAUGGCCAUCGCCACGCUGGCUGCCUGUUACAACAACCAGCAGGUGUUCAAGGGGGUGGUGAAGAUCCGCAAAGGGCAGGCGGUCACCCUGAUGAUGGACGCCACCAACCUGCCCGCCGUCAAAGCCAUAUUCCAGCAGUACAUGGAAGAGAUCUAUCAGAGGAUCCCCGACUCAGACCCGUCCUCCAGCAGGACCAAGCAGCUCAUCUGCAGCGUCCGCACACACAGCCUUGCUAACUGCCAGCUGGUGUCCAGGAGCCACUACUUGCCCGUUUACCUGUCCUGCGCCAUGCUGCUGGCCGCCCUGAGCUGGCAGUACCUCAGCACCCUGACCCAGUUCACGGGGGACUAUGUGCAGGGCGGGGAGCAUUGAGAUGCGCGGCCGGGCCGGACCUUUCUGGACAGUACUACCCCGGCCUCGAUCCCUUAUAGACCCUGGACU